AUGGCUGAGUUAAGAAAAGUGCUGGUGCUGCUCGUCAUGUUUGCAGUGAUCGUUUCUCCGGACUGGACUCAAAGCCAAUCAGCUGGCGAUCCGAUCGAGGUCUUCUGGUCUUACAAGAGCACAGGGAGCUUCGAGGCUACAGUGGGUCCCGAGUCACCGCUUCAUGGCAACAGCAGUGAGCUAAGCCUCAGUCUUCCUUUCUCCAAUGGGCACAGAAGAAAAGGGAAGGUGGACACUGUCGUCAGCGUCUUUGAGAGGUCUGAGCUAUCGCGCAUGAAAAGAUCGCUAACGUCCAAAGAGGACCUCGGCAGAAUUGUCUUUGGAGGCAGCGUGAGGAUUGUGGACGGGUACACCUGGAGCGAGGACCUUCUCUUCAGCAACACCUCCUUCUACAGAGACCUGGAGGCGCAAGUGAUCCUCAUGGUGCUUACCCCGGCUUCCAACCUUUAUCAUUAUUGUGGCGACACACUAAUGUUUUAAAUCAUACGGAACACAGUUGUUUCCACUGCUUGAAGAAAAGUGUUAUCUGUCAGUUUGGCAUUUAAAAAAAUUAUUGUCAAUGAGGAUUAAUGAG